UCUCGCGAGAAGAGCCGGGCAGGCCGCAAACAUGGCGCCUCCCAGUCCCCGGGAGCCCAAGGCGCCGUCGGCAACCAGCACGAGUGGCGAGAUGGUGCUGCCCGGCUUCCCCGACGCGGACAGCUUCGUGAAGUUUGCUCUCGCGUCGGUGGUGGCCGUCACCAAGGCGUCUGCAGGCCUGCCCCAGUUUGGCGAUGAGUAUGAUUUUUACCGAAGUUUUCCCGGCUUCCAGGCAUUUUGUGAGACACAGGGAGACCGGUUGCUUCACUGCAUGAGCAGGGUAAUGCAGUACCACGGCUGUCGCAGCAGUAUUAAAGACCGGAGUAAAGUGACCGAACUGGAAGACAAGUUCGAUUUACUAGUUGAUGCCAAUGAUGUUAUUCUGGAGAGAGUGGGGAUUUUACUGGACGAGGCGUCAGGCGUGAAUAAGAAUCAACAGCCCGUCCUUCCUGCAGGACUCCAGGUCCCCAAGACCAUUGUGUCCAGCUGGAACCGGAAGGCAGGAGAAUAUGGCAAAAAAGCAAAAUCUGAAACCUUCCGACUGCUUCAUGCGAAAAACAUCAUCCGACCUCAACUCAGGUUUCGAGAGAAGGUUGACAAUUCCAACACACCGUUCCUCCCAAAAAUCUUCGUCAAGCCCAACGCUCAGAAACCCCUCCCGCAGGCUCUCUCUAAAGAAAGGCGGGAACGCCCGCAGGAUCGCCCGGAGGACUUGGACGUGCCCCCUGCCCUGGCCGACUUCAUCCAUCAGCAGAGGACCCAGCAGGUUGAGCAGGACAUGUUUGCACAUCCGUAUCAGUAUGAACUGGAUCACUUUACUCCACCAGACUCAGUGCUUCAAAAGCCACAAGCCCAGUUGUACCGACCAGUGCACGAGACACCCUGCCACUUCAUAUCCUCCCUGGACAAACUCGUGGAACUCAACGAAAAGCUGUUGAAUUGUCAAGAAUUUGCUGUAGACUUAGAGCACCACUCCUACAGGAGCUUCCUGGGGCUGACCUGCCUGAUGCAGGUCUCCACACGCACGGAAGACUUCAUCAUCGACACCCUCGAGCUUCGCAGCGAAAUGUACAUUCUCAACGAGAGCCUCACCAACCCUGCCAUCGUCAAGGUCUUCCACGGUGCUGACUCCGACAUCGAAUGGCUGCAGAAGGACUUCGGGUUGUACGUCGUGAACAUGUUUGACACCCACCAGGCAGCGCGCCUUCUGAACCUGGGCAGGCACUCCCUGGACCACCUGCUGAAACUCUACUGCAGCGUGGACUCGGACAAGCAGUACCAGCUGGCCGACUGGAGGAUACGCCCUCUGCCCGAGGAGAUGCUCAGCUACGCCCGGGACGACACCCACUACCUGCUCUACAUCUACGACCGCAUGCGGCUGGAGCUGUGGGAGCGUGGCAACGAGCAGCCCACGCAGCUGCAGGUGGUGUGGCAGCGGAGCAGGGACCUCUGCCUGAAGAAAUUCAUCAAGCCGAUCUUCACGGACGAGUCCUACCUUGAACUAUAUAGGAAGCAAAAGAAGCAUCUGAACACGCAGCAGCUGACGGCGUUCCAGCUGCUGUUUGCCUGGAGGGAUAAAACAGCGCGCCGGGAAGAUGAAAGCUAUGGAUAUGUACUGCCAAACCACAUGAUGCUGAAGAUAGCUGAGGAACUGCCCAAGGAACCGCAGGGCAUCAUAGCUUGCUGCAACCCCGUGCCACCUCUUGUACGGCAGCAGAUCAACGAGAUGCAUCUUUUAAUCCAGCAGGCCCGAGAGAUGCCCCUGCUCAAGUCCGAAGCUGCCGCGGGAGUGAGGAAGAGCGGCCCGCUGCCCGCUGCUGAGACAUUGGAGAAUGUUCUCUUUGGACCUCAUGACUGCUCCCAUGCCCCUCCAGAUGGCCACCCGGUCCUCCCAGCCAACGGGUCUGUGCCAGUUCAGAAAGAGGCAAGCCUCUUCCCUGAGCAAAAAGAAGAGACUUCUCUGGAUACCCAGUGCCUCGUCGCUACCGCUGUCAUCACAUUGUUCAGUGAACCUAGUGCUGAAGAAAACGGCAAGGGUCCGUUAACCGUCGCACAGAAAAAAGCCCAGAACAUCAUGGAGUCCUUCGAAAACCCCUUUAGGAUGUUCCUGCCUUCGCUGGAGCACCGGGCUCACAUCUCGCAGGCGGCAAAGUUUGAUCCAUCCUCAAAAAUCUACGAAAUUAGCAACCGUUGGAAGCUGGCGAGCCAGGGACAGGGACAGAAAGAAGCUAAGGAAACUGCCGAGAAGAAGGCAGCUGAACAAACAGCCACCCGGGAACAGGCACAGGAAACACAGGAGGAGAACCAAGGUGGAGCGGAGCAGGCCAUCUCCGUGCGGCAGCAGGCUGCGCUAGAAAAUGCUGCCAAGAAGAGAGAGCGGGUGACAAGUGACCCCCGCACCAUGGAACAGAAACCAGAGAAGAAACGACUCAAAACUUCCAAGAAGCUGAAGGCCCCAGACCCAUCAGGAAAAGCUUUCACCCCUUACGACUACAGCCAGUCAGACUUCAAGGCUUUUGCUGGUGACAGCAAAUCCAAACCUUCCUCCCAGUUUGACCCAAACAAGCAGAGCGCAUCUGGCAAGAAAAGCAUCGCAGCCAGAAAACCGAAGCAGCCAGUGGGAAACAAGAGCAUGUCCUUUCCAGCCGGCAGAUCGGACAGAGGCUUCAGGCACAACUGGCCCAAGAGAUAAUGACCGGAGAGACGCUGGGGACCACGCAGGGGACUACAGGCGCCACGUGGGGCUGCUGGCUUUGUACAGAUGCAUUUUUAAAGUAUUAAACUGGUUCUUAGUGGAGGAAAGCUGGUCCUGACUGGUCUUUGGCUGCCGUCACAGCUCCAGCAGGGAGGACAGAGGCAGCCGGGCAGGUAUCCGUGGCUGUUGGGGAAGAGCAGGUGUGCCUCGGAGGUGACGGUUUCUGGAGAAGUCCGUACCGGCCCCCGGGGGACGAAGGCGCCUGUGGUGACAGCGGAGCCAGCGUCCGGGCCGCAGAGCAGACACUCGUCUGGCUGCAUCUUAGGAGGGUCCUGUGCGUCCUCCGGCUUCUUCCACUGCCUUCAGAUGGAGGAAAAGUCUGGAGAGGGAACUGCGAGGUGGCUCCCAGAAGACUGGUUCUCUCCUCUCUGCCUUCUUUGCUGAGUGUAAAAGCAAUGGCACGUCCACUCGAGAAAUGCGGAGGGGAAGCGGAUCGCCUGAGCCCUGCCCGGGGUGGGCCUCUGCUCGGACUCCCUCCUGGGCCUUUCCCGCGUGCGCAGUCCAGGCAGUCGCUCACUGCCGUUUCUCGGGGUUAAAACAGGGCCUGUCCUCUACCUGCAAGUUUUUCUUUUUUCUUUUUUUUUUUUAAGAUUUAUUUAUUUAUUUAUUUGAAAGUCAGAGUUACACAGAGAGAGGAGGCGGAGGUCUUCCAUCCACUGGUUCACUCCCCAACUGGCCGCAACGGCCGGAGCUGCACCGAUCCCAAGCCAGGAGCUUCUUCGGGUCUCCCACACAGGUGCAGGGGCCCAAGGACUUGGGCCAUCUUCCACUGCUUUCCAGGCCAUAGCAGAGAGCUGGAUCAGAAGUGGAGCAGCUGGGUCUCAAACCGGUGCCCAUAUGGGAUGCCAGCGCUUCAGGCCAGGACGUUAACCCACUGUGCCACAGCGCCGGCCCCAAACUGCAAGUUUUUCUUAAUAGUUCUGUAUUCAUGAUAAUUUCUUAAGGUGGAAACCAGACAAUAGGAUUUUGAGUUCUUUGUAAAUAUCCCUCCUUACACAAUAAAAAAAAUUGGCACCAAUGUCAGAAGUUUU